CGUAGCCUUACUGGGUGCUUUUUUUUUUUUUCAAUACUGCUGACCCGCCAAAACUUCUAUAUGGAGCUCUAUUAAUAUUAUGAGCACUGGUGCAGCUCAGCAAGACACUGCCUUCUAGAACUGCAAUGUGGAAAGUUUCCUCAAUUUGGGAGAAUGUCAAGAAGAAGUGGCCGUCUGCAAGCAAGGCAUGGAAGCUCUGACACUGGGAAUGACUACCAACUUGAAGUUGCAACAAAGAAGCGCAAAUCUGAGGAAACCAGCACAACAUUUGAAUGCCACCAGGAUGCGAAACGGCACAACUUUGAGAUCCAGGGCUGCUGGUCAGAGAUCACUACAGGAACAGUGACCCCUUGCAUUCUCAUAGAAACGCCACACAAAGAAAUGCCAGUCUCCACCGACCUAUCGCAAUUCUCAAGAUACAGGUUCAAGAAUCUGUUCAUCAGCCGAUCCCCUUUGCCAGAACUAAGCUGGGGUAAUUCAAAGGAUGUGUGGAUGAAGAUGAUAAGCAAAGAGUCAAGAUAUGUGCACUCUAGUCGUCUACUACAAAACCAUCCCAUGCUGAAUCCGGACAUGAGGUCUGUUCUGCUGGAUUGGCUCCUAGAGGUAUCAGAGGUUUACACACUACACAGAGAAACCUUUUACCUGGCCCAGGAUUUCUUUGAUAGAUUUAUGCUGACCCAGACACGUGUGGACAAAAGUAUGCUUCAGCUUAUAGGAGUUACAGCACUCUUUAUUGCUUCUAAACUGGAGGAAAUCUAUCCACCAAAACUUCAUGAGUUUGCCUACAUCACUGAUGGUGCCUGCAGUGAAGAUGAUAUUCUUCAAAUGGAGCUCAUCAUACUAAAGGCUUUGAAGUGGGAACUGUGUCCUGUAACUGCCAUUUCAUGGCUGAACCUGUACCUUCAAGUGUCGUCUCUCAAAGAUCACCCAAAAUUGCUGUUACCUCAAUAUUCUCAGGAGCAGUUUAUUCAUGUUGCUCAGCUUCUAGACUUGUGUAUUCUACACCAUACCUCGCUAAACUUCCAGUACAGGAUCUUGGCGGCUGCUGCUUUAUACCACUGUACUUCCAUAGAAGUAGUUACCAAAGCUACAGGUCUCGAAAUGGACAACAUCAGUGAAUGCGUUCAUUGGAUGGCUCCUUUUGUGAGAGUUGUGAAGAGAAGCCUCCCAUUAAAGCUGAAAGUAUUUAAGAAGGUAGCCCCAGAAGAUAUGCACAAUAUCCAGACCCACACAAACUUCCUUGAUAUGCUGUAUGAUGUGAAGAUUCCAGAUGGUGAUUUGGGCGAGUCUCCUGUGUCCAUCGGUGGCAUCCUCACCCCUCCCAAGAGUACGGAAAAGACUUUCUAAACGAGCAUUUCAAGGUGCAGCUGUUAAUACUGGAAGCUUUUUACCUGGAUCCUAGGAAUAUUUUAACUCCCUGUUUCAUAAAUGACUUGCUCUGCAUUGGAACUUAAUUUUGUAGCUUCAAGGUUGCAAACUUAUUUAUUGCAAUUAUUGCAACCUUUACUAAGGUUACUAUUACAGAAUUUAUUUUUUAAACCCCAUAAAACUGCAGUUCUUUGGUGGUUUAAUGUGCAGCGCCUCAUUCUAUAGGAACGAAGUAUUCAAAGCAAUAUUACUGCGGAUUUGACAAGGCCCGGCAUUCAGCUGAGCUCAUGUCUUGUCCUCACCAACCAGAGGAAUCUUAUUGGACACUGCCGUUUUUUCCGGUUUCUUUAAAAAGCACAUUUGGUUUUGGUGCUAGAGCCUCUUAAAGAGGAGCUGUGCAAAUCAAUUAAAUAAUGUUACUAGUAGGGAUGCACCAAAUCCAGGAGUCUGUCUUUUUCAGCAGGAUUCAGCCGAAUCCUUAUGCCUGGCCAAACCGAAUCCUAAUUUUCAUAUGCAAAUUAGGGGAAGGGAGUGAAAUCGCGUGACUUUUUGGCACAAAACAAGGACGUACCCUUCCCACCCCUAUUUUGCAUAUUAGGGUUCAGUAUUCGGCCGAAUCUUUUGCAAAGGUUUUGGCCGAAUCCAAAAUAAUGGAUGCGGUGCAUCCCUGAUGAAUACAAAACAUAUUUUUAUAUAAAGAAAUUUAUUUUGAAACUUUAGGAUUGUGGACAUUUUGUAGAAAAAUGAUAGUAAUGUAUUUUGUAUACAUUGUGCUUCCAUCUCACUGACUUCUUGUGCCAGGCUCUGCUAUUGGCUGGGCUUGUGCUGUUAAUUAGGCCUGUUAUUAACUAUUGGGACUGGUUGGGUAACUAACAACUUGCCAUUGCUUCCUAUUAAUUAUCACUAGGAAAUGAUGAGGAAAUACCUUGUUGUUGUAUUUACUGAAGUGGAAUAGUGUUUUAAAUGUAAAUGAACUGUUGCUAUUUAUUUGGAAGCUGCUUAAAACCUUGGGGCUAGUAACUUAUUUAGGUAUUAGAAGAUCUCUUCCCUUUAAAGGGGCGGUUCACCUUCGUGUAGGGAUGCACCGACUCCAGGCUUCUGCUUUUUUUUUUUUAAGAUUCGGCCGAGCCUAAUUUGCAUAUGCAAACUGGAUGCAGUUCGGUAUUCAGCCAAAUCUUUCGCGAACAGGGUUGCCACCCGGCCAAUAUUAAACACCUGCCAAGGCUGGGGCCAGUAUUACAAAUUUAGCAGCAAUGUAGCUGCCGGUAAAUUUGUAAUACCCUUAAAAAGACUCCUUGGCCUGUCCCCAAUCCCCUGGAAACUUAACUUUUGUUCUCAUUCAUGAAAUCAUGUGACCCCACCCCCUUUUACAUCAUGGCCCUGCCCUUUUUACAUCACAACCCACUCCUUUUUGUUCCCGCCCCCACCAGCCGGUCAAAAAUUUAGGAAAAGGUGGCAACCCUAUCCGUGAAGGGUCCAAAAUAGUAGAGUGAUAUUCUGAGAAAAUUUGCAAUUGGUUUAUUUAGCUUUUUAUUCAGCAGCUCUCCAGUUUGCAGUUUUAGCCAUCUGGUUGCUAGGGUCCGAAUUACCCUAGCAACCAUGCAUUGAUUUGAAGAAGAGACUGGAAUAGGAGGUGGUCUGAAUAAAAACAAAGAGUAAUAAAAAGUAGCAAUAACUAAAUUUGUAGCCUUACAAAGCAUUUGAUUUUUUUUUUUUUUUAGAUGGGGUCAGUGACCCGUGUUUGAAAGAGGAAGGCAAAUAAUUAAAGCUAUAGAAAUUAUUUAAUGACCAAUUCUAAGUAACUUUUCAAUUGGUCUUUAUUAUUUAACAUACUAAAAGUUACCUUAAAGGUGAACCCGCCCCCUUCCUCAGCAACUGCCUGCACUGAUCUCGCUUCUCCUUUAGACCUAAUAUUUCUCUAAAUUAUUUAUAGCUGUGAAUAGUAUGAAAUGACAGACAUGGGAUGGCAGACGUUUAAGGUUCGCUUGCUGGACAUUGAAAUGAAACUGGGCAGCCAAUGAAAUUGCCUUUUCACUGUGAAAUCCAUCGCUUUGGGUGCCAUUUUAUUCCAGUUCCUGUUAGACCAUUAUAUUGGGAAACUAAUUUACCGUGAAAUCUAAGGGGCCGAUUUAUCAAAGGUCGAAGUGAAUAUUGCUCACGUACUAUCUCCUUAAAUUCGACCAUUUGCCAUCCAAAACCUGCCAAAUUUGCUGUUUUAGCCUAUGAGGGACCUCCUAGAACCCAUUUGGAGUCAAUUGGUGGACUCUUAAAAACCUUUUUUUUUUUUUUGGAAAAACUUUGAACCAAAUGCGCUAUUACUUUGAUUUGUAUGAUUCGAAAACAGACCCACUCAGCCAAAAAAAUUACACUUCAUUGGUCUUUUUGAAUUGGAAUUUCAAAAUUUUUAAUAUUCGGACCUUGAUAGAUCUGCCCCAAAUGUUGCAAUACAAACCAUAGCACCGACCAAAACAGCAUCCGCAUUCUGUAACUGUCUUCAUUUGAAGACUUUUUAGAAACUCUGUAUAUAUUUCUGUAAAUGAGUUUUGUACAUAGUAAAGAACUGCAAUUUUUUAGUGGAAUUGUGUACAUAUGUGUAAAUAUGUAUUAUACAAAUAAAAACGCUGUUUUUUUGUA